CUGACCCCCCUCCCCACCCCACCCCAACCGGCCCCAGCUGUCAGCUCCCACCCCACCCCCCCCCCCCCCCCCGCCCCCCCCCCACCCACCCCUGCCCACCCUGCCCCCGGUGCCAUGGCGUCCAGCGAGGAGGACGGCACGGUGGAGGAGAAGGAAAACAACAACAAGCGGAGGACCAAGAGCGCCCUGGCCACGGCAUGGCUCACCUUCUACAACAUCGCCAUGACGGCCGGGUGGCUGGUAUUGGCCAUCACAAUGAUUCGCUUCUACGUCAAGAAAGGCACACACAAGGGUCUGUACAGAAGCAUAGCAAGAACACUAAAGUUUUUCCAGACCUUUGCAUUAGUGGAGGUUGGACAUUGUGCUAUAGGAAUUGUGAGGACUUCUGUGAUUGUAACUGGGGUUCAAGUGUGUUCGCGGAUUUUUAUGGUUUGGUUUGUCACGAAUGGCAUCAGACAGAUCCAGAAUGAAGAGAGCGUGAUCCUGUUCCUGGUGGUGUGGACGGUGACGGAGAUUACCAGAUAUUCCUACUACACAUUCAAACUGCUCAACCACCUGCCGUACUUCAUCAAAUGGGCCAGGUGCGGAUGCUGCCGGCCGUUGGCUGGGAUCUGA